UACUUGGGCUCUUUCAAAGCAGUGGUUAAUAAACAUUUGUGAAAACUAAAGGCAACAUAUGUGAAAAACUCGUUUCAUUUGCCGUUGGAUGCAAAUCUCCGGCGACACCAAUUAUCACAAAACUACACCCUUUUUCCCGCCAAGUCUGAAGCUUUCGCCCAACGCUCUCGCAAUUCCCUCUAAAAAACACUGAAAUAAACUCCACCAGCCGCCACCACCACCACGAGACACAGCUGGUUGAUGUUAUCGCUCCGGUCAUGUUGUUAUAGUGUGACUCACACCAACACCAUAACCACCGCAUUCUCUCACCCUAUUAGACAUUCUCUUCUUAAAUUGUCGUCGUCAUCAUCCCUAACAUUUCCUCUCUUCUUUCUUUCGAACAAAAUGUCAUCAUCUCGUCCCUCCGCCUUCGAUGCACUCAUGUCCAAUGCUCGUGCGGCUGCCGCGAAGAAGAAAACCACGGAAUCUUCCGCUUCCCCUAAGAAACGCAAAACCCUAGAUUCAAAACCCCCAAUUAGUUCGACACCUAUUAGCGAAGCUAAAGUUGCAGAAGCCUCACCAAAGCCGGAUAAACCAUUGGAUACGAACACAAAGAAGAAAACCCAGGUGUCUUCCUCGUCCCCCAAGAAACGCAAAACCCUAGAUUCAAAACCCCCAAUUAAUUCGACCCCAGUCACCGAAGCUAAAGUUGCAGAAGUCUCACCAAAACCCGAGAAAACAUCGGACACGAAUCAAAGUAAAGACGAAACUGUCUCAAAUGAGAUUAUAGAAGCUAAGCCAAACCUUGAUGUUGCUCCAUCAAAGGAAGAAAAUGCAUCUAAAAAACCACGGCCGAUUGAUGUUGAUGAGAGUAUGAUUCAAUUGAAGAAGAAACCGGCAAACUUCAAACCCGAAAAGGCUGCGUUCUGGGGCGAAGGAGAAAGGGUGCCGUUCCUAUUUCUCUGUCGGGUUUUUGACGCAAUCUCCAAAGAAUCUGGUCGGAUUCUGAUUACAGAAAUCGUCUGUAACAUGCUGAGAACUGUAAUCAAGACAACACCUGACGAUUUAGUUGGGGUUGUAUACCUCUUGGCUAAUAGAAUCGCCCCAGCUCACGAAGGAUUAGAGCUUGGAAUCGGUGAUGCUUCCAUCAUCAAAGCUCUCGCUGAAGCUUGUGGUGCAAAAGAAGCACACAUCAAAAAGCAAUACAAGGAACUGGGAGACUUGGGCCUUGUUGCCAAAGCAAGCCGCUCUUCCCAACCUCUGAUGCGUAAACCUCAACCUUUGACAGUUUCGAAAGUUUUUGAUACAUUCAGGGUUAUUGCCAAGGAAUCUGGGAAGGAUAGUCAAGAUAAGAAGAAGAAUCAUAUCAAGGGACUUCUUGUUGCAGCAACUGACUGUGAACCUCAAUAUUUGAUACGUUUACUUCAGACAAAAUUGCGAAUUGGUUUAGCUGAACAAACACUCUUAACUGCAUUGGGGUAUGCUAUUGUGUAUACUGAAAAUGGUGAAUCACCUUCAAAGCACUCAGAUUCACCAUUAGAAGAGGCUGCAAAGAUUGUGAAACAAGUGUACUCUGUAAUUCCUGUAUAUGACAAAAUUGUCCCUGCUCUUCUCUCUGAUACUGUAUGGAAUCUACCAAAAACAUGUUGCUUUUCACCUGGUGUUCCAGUGGGACCCAUGCUUGCUAAACCUACUAAAGGAGUAUCUGAAAUUUUGGAUAAAUUUCAAGAUAUGGAGUUCACUUGUGAAUACAAAUAUGAUGGAGAACGGGCCCAGAUACAUUAUUUGGAAGAUGGCACAGUUCAAAUAUACAGCAGAAAUGCUGAAAGAAAUACUGAAAAGUUUCCUGAUGUUGUGGUUGCUGCUUCAAGAGUUAAAAAACCAAGUGUGACAUCAUUUGUUUUGGACUGUGAAAUCGUUGCAUAUGAUCGCAAGAAACAAAAAAUUCUCCCAUUCCAGAUUUUAAGCACACGUGCUCGAAAAAACGUUGUAAUGAGUGACAUCAAAGUGGAUGUAUGCAUUUACGCAUUUGAUUUGUUGUAUUUGAAUGGACAACAACUUUUACAAGAACAACUUAGUGUUCGUAGAGAGCGUCUAUAUGAAUCCUUCAAUGAAGAACCUGGAUUUUUCCAGCUUGCAACAGCCAUAACUUCAAAUGAUCUGGAAAAAAUUCAAACCUUUUUAGAUGCUGCUGUCAAUGGCAGUUGUGAGGGUUUGAUUAUCAAAACGUUAAAUAAAGAUGCGACAUAUGAGCCUGCAAAGCGAUCAAAUAACUGGCUCAAGUUAAAGAAAGACUAUAUGGACAGUAUUGGUGACUCAUUGGAUUUAGUGCCAAUUGCUGCUUUUCAUGGAAGAGGAAAACGUGUAGGUGUAUAUGGUGCUUUUCUUCUUGCUUGUUAUGACAACAAUAAGGAUGAAUAUCAAACUAUUUGCAAAAUUGGGACUGGUUUUUCAGAAGCCAUGCUUGAAGAAAGGUCUACAAGUCUUCGUUCUAAAGUCAUCCCAAAACCCAAGUCAUACUACCGAUAUGCAGAUUCUAUAAAUCCAGAUGUGUGGUUUGAGGCAACUGAGGUUUGGGAGGUCAAAGCUGCAGAUUUGACCAUCAGCCCUGUUUAUUGUGCUGCAAUUGGUGCAGUUGACCCUAAUAAGGGUAUUUCACUGAGAUUCCCACGUUUACUUCGUGUUAGAGAAGACAAGGGUCCGGAGGAUGCUUCAUCUUCAGAUAUGGUUGCUGAUAUGUAUAAUGCUCAGAAACAUACACAAGGUAACAAUCAAGAUGAUAACGAUGAUGAGUGAAAGAUGCAAGUUUUGUGUAAUCUUUUAGUAGGUAGAUCAUAGAUGGUGAAUUAUGACUAUUUAAUUAUUGUGCAAUUUGUGUAAAUUCUGUUUGAUUUAUGGAUUAUAUAUAAUCCACUAUGGAACUAAAGGUUUUCAUAAA